AUGAUCUCCUUGCGAACAACGCUUCUGGCGCUUGUCAGCGUCGUCGCCGUUUCGGCUGACUACGUUAUCAACCCUGAUUCUGUUUCCGAGAGUUUGAGGAAGGCAUGGUGCAACGACCAGUUGAGCAUGUGCCGGCCUAUCUGCCUUGAGACCUCGACUGGGUCACCGCAGGUGAACACUUGCGAUCCCGACUCCCUAACUUACGGUUGUGUCUGCAGCGACGGCAAGCAACCCAACGUGACCGAAUACACUCUCACACUCCCUUACUACGUCUGCACUGAGUGGGGCAACCAGUGCGUGACAGCAUGUGGCAACGACAACACCUGCGCGUCCGAGUGCCGUGAGAAGCACCCAUGCGGCGCCCAGAGGCCCCACUCCAACGCCACCUCGACGACCGUCUCGCCCACUGCCUCGGCGACGUCCACGUCCACCCCUUCUCCCGAUGGCCAGGCCUUCGACGGCUUCGGCGACGGCUCCGGCGAUGACUCCCAGGGCAAUGGCGGCAACGGCAACGCAGCUGGUGCUCUUCGAUUCGGCGACUCCUACGGCUUGGCCAUGGUUGCUGGCGGUUUGUUUGCGGGGUUCGCUCUGGUGCUUUAA